GGAUGCUGCUGGGGGAGGGAAGGGGCGGAGGGGCUGCGCAGGAAGGCCCCGACCCAGGAGCAGGCAGAGACCAGCCAGGCCACCGUGAAGGUGAAGAGUCCUCCGUAGUCGAGCCCCUCUGGCUGGCGAGGUUUCUCGGCAUCCCUGUCUUUCAGCGAUGACUCCCUGGAGGAGGGCAGCUCAGCUGGCAGCAAAGGGGCGAAGUCUAGCAACGGCGGCAGCCUCCGGGCACCACGGUGAUGGGUCGGGCAGCCGGACCUGGAAGAUCCUGAGCUUUGUGGUGGCGCUUCCUGGCGUGGCUGUGUGCAUGCUGAACGCCUGGCUGCAAAAGCAGAACCAUCCACAAGAACGGCCCGAAUUUAUCCCUUAUCACCACCUACGCAUCCGAACAAAGCCUUUCCCCUGGGGGGAUGGAAACCACACUCUUUUCCAUAACCCUCAUACCAACCCACUGCCCACAGGCUACGAAGAUGGAGGUGGCCACCACUGAAAUUUUCUUUUGCUCUGCCACUGACUGGAAGAGGGGCACAAACCCCUAUCCGUGCGCAUCACUUCUUUGAGACAGAUCUUGACUGGAGACAAUAAAAACACAGUUGGACUGAU